GAUUGGGAAAACCAAGUUUUAAAUACGUAAUAAUUACAUAGAAUGUGAAUCUCAAGAUGGUUCUGGAUUAAAAUAUUAAUUUGUUAGUGCUAGAACUGAAGAUCAACAACAGCACAAGUCAAAAUGGUUGAGGUACAAAAAAGUUUGUACAUUGGUUCAACAGAAAUCAAAAUAACAUACAACCUUUUCCAAAUUAACAGAAUAAUUUGUGCUGUUGAAAAUACUGAAAACAACGAAACAGGUUUCUAUUUUCUAAAUUGUACAGAUUCGUGGCACGUCGAUCAAAACCAGCAACCUCCUAAUACAGAGCUCAGAAUUACUAUAUAUGGUCUUAGAAUAAAUGAACCAAAAGUUAUUCUAAGUAAUACAAUUAUAAUCAACAGUCCAUUACAUCAUAUGAGAUUAGAAAGUCACAACAAACAUGGCCGAUUUCCAUCCGACAGGUUUACUUUCUUAGUAGCGACCAAUGGAAUGAAUUGCAGUGCAGAUCAAAGAGUCAAUGAAAUGACCAAUAAAUCCAGUAUUAUAUUUAAAUGUGAAGAUGUACAACUACCAAUAAAUACGGAAUAUCAUUACAUACAGAUAAUACAGACAACAAGUUCUACUAAUGAUGUAUCAAGCUACAAUGAAUAUAUUGAGUUGACAACCACCUAUACCAAUGAAAUACCAUGUGUAAAUCUACCAUCUAGAGAGGCUGUUAAUUACAAGAUUUACAAAGUAUCUCUGUCUGGUAAUCAAUAUUAUGUGACUAAAACAUCUAAAAAAUCACAGUUCAUUACUCAUAAUUCAAAAUAUGAUGUUCACCAAUUCCAUGAUAUGGCACUGUUAUUUAUAAGUGGCUCAGGUACCAUGAAAAUUCCUUACUUAUAUCGUAACAAACCAAGUUACCAUCCUACUAUACAAGAAGUUAUAAAGACAGGAGUAAUGACCAAAUAUGACAAAGACAACAAUGGAGACCAAGCCUCUAGUAUUAACCAUAAUAUUAAAGGGUUGUUCUUCAGUGCGUCAAUGGACAAAGAUACCCGACAGCCACAGACAUCAAGCUUUUUUGGUGAUUAUCGAAUCCUGAUUCCACCUGAACAUCUAAUACCAGGACUAAAUCUGUAUUUUGCAGAUUUUUAUUGUAAUCAUAAAGCACAUUAUGUAACCUUGGUAUUAACCAAGCCUGGUAGUGUAGAAGAUGUCUACUGUAAAGUUAGACUAAUUAAACUUGACAUUAAUGAUAAUAAAUUCUUGUUUCAUGAUCAAGGAUUUUAUUAUACAACCUCUGACAGGAAGUUAUGGGUAGAAGUAUUAUAUACUGAAGAUGUACAUGUUGAUGAUAUGUUAUCAGAUGGUAAGUUGUUAAAAGAAAUAACACCUACAAAAGGUAUGGGUCAAAGUAAACUAGAUGGAAUCCCGAAAAACAAAUCUUGUAAAACAUGUAAUCUUCCUAAAAGGCCAUAUUCAGUGAAUAAUUCACGUUAUUUCAACAUUUUUAAUACUUUACUUGAUUACUCAAGUUUAUAUUGAAUAUUGUUCAGCUGUGAUACCUCAAAAAUCUGUUUUACUUAUUAAAGAUGCAUUAUGCAAGAGCUAAAUCUGUCUAUUCUGGGUCUUUUUCUGACUACAAUUGUUAAUUAUUUUAGGCAAUUUCCACAUGACGAGCACAUAAUCAAGACCAUCUUAAAAUUACACUGAUAGGUCAUUCACUCGUCAAAAGACAUAAAAGAUUUCCAUGCUUUAUCAGAUCUUAUUUGUGACAAGCCUGAAGUUUUCGAGUCAAAAUUAACCGUUGUACUCUCUAGGACAUCGAAUGGCUGAGAUAUUGAAUGAAUUAGAACAUCUGUGCCAUAUGAUAAUUUAACCUUAAAAUGGAUAAUCAGGAAUUUGUUUAAUAUCAAACCUGGGGCCUGUUUCACGAAAUUUUAACUAAGAUAAAAUCCAAAUUUUAGUAAUUUGAUUGGUUAAUAUUAGAUUGAUUUAAGUGCUUAGUCAAUCAAAAUUGAAGUAUCUACUAAAAUUUGGAUUUUAUCUUUAGAUAAAAUUUCGUGAAACAGGACCCAAUUGGCCCUUUGACAAUCAAGACUAUAACUUCCCUUAAAAUAAUGUAAUUUAACUGAAGUUUUCAAUAUACCGGUAUAUCUUCUUUUGGUCAUUAUCUGUUUUUUUAACUAUAUAGCACGAACUGACAGCCAUUCAUCUAAGAUAAUGCAUCUUUAAGCAUAUUUUAUUCAUUAAUGCCAUUAUUUACUGUAAUGAAAAUUUACCAUGGCAGACACAUAUAUAAUAUAUUAUUUUUUCAAAAAAAAGGCUUCAUGAAUAUGGCAAUUGUACCAGGCACAGUACAUCAUUGAUAUUUCUACAUUAAUUUUCCCUCAUUGCUUUAUUGUGUUAAAAUAUCUAUUAUUAAAAAAAUAUCAAAUAUUGAUCAUCUUUAUAUGUUUUAUUGUGUAAGUAGAUUUUUUAAUAAUAUAAAUUAAUAACUAAAAUAUUAAAGAUACAUUAUGUAAGAUUUAGAUAAAGAACUAGCCAUUCUUGCUAUAAUAGUUUGAAAGUAGAUGAUGUAAAAUGAAUAAUUUGAAAAUUUCAUUCAAAUUACUCUAUUGCAGUUGAAGAUAUUAGCCUUUGAAGGUUUGACAGACGUGUGCAAUAAUUUCAACCACCGUACUGGUUGAUCGAAGCUAAGUCUUGGUCCUCCAUAUUUGAUUAAAUCAAAGUAUCGCUGAACCAUUCUAAUCUAUUUAAUAUCGGAGAAAUCUGAUGCCAUCGAGAGUUGAUUAAGGCCUCGAUCAGUUAAUUAAUGUCUAAUUAAUACUUUAGAAAACAUUUCAGGCCUAAAGAAAGACCUGAAAUAGGCAGAUUUAGCUCUUGCAUAAUGUAUGUUUAAUAAAUUGUCUCUUUGGAUUAAUUUUUUUGCAAAAUAAAGUCUGAUUUCUGAAAUAGAUAUUAUAGGUAAAAUUAAUUAUAUUUAUGAUAUGUUCGUUAAAAAAGUAUUAACAUUAGUGUUACGUUGCUCUUAUUUUUUGAAAAAAAUUUCACAAGUUGUUUUCCUUUAUUUUGUUAAUGUAGAAUGGUUAUGAACUGCUCUUUUCAUUUUAUUUGUUUUAUUUGUUUCGUUUGAAUUUGAUUUAUCUGUUUAGUUUUUGAUUGUUUAAUUUUUGUUAAUGAAGCUGAUUCUUUUAAACUUCGUUUUUUAUUUUUGAACUCUACUUGGUGUAGGUGUUCAUCAGGUAAUACCUCGACUGAGUUCAAUAUAGAGAUUAGCCGGUUGAUUUGUUGGAUAUAAACCUUUGAAUAAUAGCGCCUAACAGGCAGCUGUGUUUAAUUACGCUCUCCUGAUUUUGAUUGUUUCUGUGUGUUUGAAGUAUAUGUUUGUGAUAUGCGCUUAGAAACACUUCACGUGUAAUGAAGCACUAUAUAAAUCAAACAAUAAUAAUAAUAAUAAUAAUGUAUAUUUAAAUAUUGAUUAUCUUUAUACGUUUUAUUGUGUAAGUAGAUUUUUUAAUAAUAU